UAAAGUAGGCGCGCAGCACUGAACUCUCUGCCUCUCCGGGAAGAAAUGGAAACAUCAGUCCCUUCAUCGAUGUCCGGUUUAGACGACUGGGAUCGUCCUUUCACUGAUCUAGAGCUCCUAGAAAUCGAAGCCGCUUUUCAAUCUGCCACCAACAAGCGCAACGAUUCGGAUAAGUCCUCCGCUCCCGCUGCCGAAGACGAGGUUAACGGCGAUGGAAAUAAAUUUCGCCGGAACCAUCGCCGGAGACUGCCUGAAUCACUCUUCUCCACUUCUUUUUCCCUGGCCCCAUGCCCUAGAAGUCGAUUUAAGCAUCAAUUGAAUAGGUUCCCCGCACUAGCAUUCAGGGGGCGUGUUGUAUAUAGCAGAACUGCAGUUGAGGCAGAGAAAUCUGCAGCAGAGCUUUUAAAUUUUAUUGAAACGAGGAAGAGAGCAGAAGGUGUAGUUGCUCUGGGAUUUGACAUUGAAUGGAAACCCACUUUCAAAAGAGGUGUUGCCCCUGGGAAAGCGGCUGUUAUGCAGAUAUGUGCGGAGAUGAACCGUUGUUAUGUUUUCCACAUAUUCCAUUCUGGAAUCCCUCAAAAUCUGCAGACACUUCUUGGGAAUUCUGUUACUGUGAAGGUGGGAGUAAACAUCGCGAAUGAUGCUCAUAAGGUUUUUCUAGAUCAUAAUGUACCUGUAAGAAAUUUGGAAGAUCUAUCUGCGCUAGCCAAUCUAAAGAUUGGUGGAGUUCCCAAAAAUUGGAGUCUAGCAUCAUUGACAGAAACACUCUUUUGCAAACAGCUCCCUAAGCCAAACCAUAUAAGAUUGGGAAAUUGGGAGACUCCAGUUUUAUCAAAAGAACACCUAAAUUAUGCUGCCACAGAUGCUUUUGUUUCAUGGCACCUAUAUCAGGCGUUGAAGAGCCUUCCUGAGCCUGAGGCUGUUGAUAAUAAGAGCAAUGAACCAGAGCAUGUGAGCAGUGAGUGAGUCCAAGUGUCCAACCAUCUUGCUUGAUGCCGUUAUAUAUCCAUUUGCUCUAGCCAAACCUUUUCUUAUCCAGAGGCACAAGUCACUGCUUAUGAGGUACUUUUAGCUAGUGCAAUGCAUCCUGAACCUUAUUGGAGGAGUGUCAGUUUCUCAAUCUGGAUCAUAUUACUGAAUUAGUUCAUAGAAUCAUAGCUAUUUGUUUGGUUAAAGUUAUUCUUCUGUGAUAAGAAAUGGUGUUCUUUGGUUAUGUACCCAUCUUUCUCUCUUGAAAUCAAUACUUUCGUUGUAAACGAUAUCAUCAAAAACCUUGCUUCUGGUUCGUUUCAAGGAGUGAGAUUAGUUUGAUACAUAAAAUUUUCAUCGGUCCUGAUCAGUCCUGAAUUACAGAAUUUUCUCUGCUUCAAGAAACUCAUACUGCACCAUGCAACAAGUCCUCAAGUAUUGUUGUAUACUCCCCAAUGAGAAGUCACCAAGAAGUUGGAAAAGGAGUUGAAGUUGAUUGUGGUUUCUCCAGAAUAUCAAGUGGCAUUUGAUGAUCUUGUGCAAUAGAAGAUUGAUACUUGUCAGAGAAUUAAAUAGUUUUUAUUUAUUUAUUUAUUUUUAUUUUUUUGGUUGAGAAAUUGAGUCUUUUCUUCUAUGCUGUGAUAUUUUACUGAAUUUGCUGCCCCCCUGCAAAAAAGAUGGAUUGUGUAUCUAUUUUAAAUUGAACAU